AUGCGCAAGCAACCCUUUCUCUUUUCUACUCCUAACGGAGAUGUAUGCGACUCUGGAACAGCAGUCGCUCUAAUUCUAGCGCACCUCAGCAAUCUCGUAUCGCUCUCCUUCAAGGUCCCCGAAUACAGCCAGCACAAUCAGUCAACCACGUACUUGACAGCCCUUGGAGCAGUCUUGCGGCAAUCCGUCCUCCCCUCUCCUCCAUCGGCAUCAUCAUCACCGUUCACCCGCUUCCAGAAUCUCAACUCGGCAACAAUCACGCUCCCAACGUGGGAAAAAGACACAAGCCAAACCCAACACCACCACCUCACCGACAUCCUCGCGAUCCUCUACGCGCCCAACCUGAAAACCUUCGACUUCACCUUCCAAAGCCCUCCGGACGACGCUCUCGUCCCCGACUGGCCACACCCUUCUCACCACCCGCCCCGCGCCGCCAACCUGGCCGUCCUCAGGCUUCACUGCACGCGCACCCCGUCGACCUUCCUCGCGCACCUCCUAUCCUGCACGCCCGCCCUCCGGACUUUCGAGCUCGAGGCCACGCUCCCGCUGCUGCUCUCCACGCCCCGCCGCGGCGACGUCGCGUGUUCUGACGACGACGGCACCCGCUUCCACGGCGGCAUCCUCGCGACGGCGCUGGCUCGGCACUGCACGAAGCUGCGCAGCUUUCGCGUGUCGGUGCGCACCACGGAGCCGCCGCUCUACCUGGCCGAGCCGGUGCUUCCCUCGCGGACGGUGAUAGCGACGCCGCUGCUGCUGUUGGAUAACAACAGCUGCUGCGAUGUCAGCAGAGAAGAAGAAGAUGGCGGCACUCGGGAUGAUGAUGAUGAUGACGAUGACGACUACGAGACCGGGUUAGCCUCGAUGCGCGGGUUGCGGGUGUUGAAUGUGGCCAUGCCGGUGCUGCUGGGGUGGUGGCCCAACGCCGCCGCGCGAGAGGAGGGGCUGGCACGCGUGCUGCCGUCGGGGCUGUGGGAGCUGUGGCUGAGGGAGGAUAUGAGCUGGUGGCAGGAUUAUGCCUGGCAUGCGGUACAUGUCGUGCGUGCGAUAGAGGCGUUAUUGGAAAGUGGGCGGGCGAGGGAGUUGGUCAAGAUUGUCAUUGUUAUGCGCGGGGCGAAGGGCGGGCAGGGGUGGUGGUCGGAGGAGAGCAUGGAAUUACUUGUGAAAUUUUGUGCGGCGAAGGGCAUGGUGGCAGAGUUUAGAGAGAGGGAUGCGGUUGAGGCGUGA